CAGCGCCCGCGAGCCCAUUCAUCUGUGCACUUGGGCGUUGGACCCCGCAUCUUAUUAGCAACCAGGGAGAUUUCUCCAUUUUCCUCUUGUCUACAGUGCGGCUACAAAUCUGGGAUUUUUUUUAUUACUUCUUUUUUUAAAAAAAACUACACUUGGGCUCCUUUUUUGUGCUCGACUUUUCCACCUUUUUCCCUCCUUCCUGCGCUGCUGUUUUUUUGAUCUCUUCGACUAAAAAUUUUUUAUCCGGAGUGUAUUUAAUCGGGUCUCUUCUGUCCUCCUCGCCACCCCCACCCCCUCCCUCCGGUGUGUGUGCCGCCGCCGCUGUUGCUGCUGCUGCUGCUGCUCGCCCCGUCGUUACACCAACCGAAGGCUCUUUGUUUCCUCUCUUGGAUCUGUUGAGUUUCUUUGUUGAAGAAGCCAGCAUGGGUGCCCAGUUCUCCAAGACCGCAGCGAAGGGAGAAGCCGCCGCCGAGAGGCCCGGGGAGGCGGCUGUGGCCUCGUCGCCUUCCAAAGCAAAUGGGCAGGAGAAUGGUCACGUAAAAGUGAACGGGGACGCGUCGCCCGCCGCCGCCGAGCCGGGCGCCAAGGAGGAGCUGCAGGCCAACGGCAGCGCCCCGGCCGCCGACAAGGAGGAGCCCGCGAGCGGCAGUGCCGCGACCCCCGCCGCGGCCGAAAAGGAUGAGGCUGCCGCGGCCACCGAGCCGGGCGCCGGCGCGGCCGACAAGGAGGCUGCGGAGGCCGAGCCCGCCGAGCCCAGCUCCCCGGCCGCCGAGGCCGAGGGCGCGUCCGCCUCCUCCACGUCGUCGCCCAAGGCGGAGGACGGGGCCGCGCCGUCGCCCAGCAGCGAGACCCCGAAAAAAAAAAAGAAGCGCUUUUCCUUCAAGAAGUCCUUCAAGCUGAGCGGCUUCUCCUUCAAGAAGAGCAAGAAGGAGUCGGGCGAGGGCGCUGAAGCAGAGGGAGCGACCGCGGAAGGCGCCAAGGACGAGGCUGCAGCCGCAGCGGGCGGCGAGGGGGCCGCGGCCCCAGGGGAGCAGGCAGGCGGGGCGGGCGCCGAGGGCGCAGCGGGCGGAGAGCCCCGGGAGGCCGAGGCGGCGGAGCCCGAGCAGCCUGAGCAGCCGGAGCAGCCCGCGGCGGAGGAGCCGCAGGCGGAGGAGCCGUCGGAGGCGGCGGGGGAGAAGGCGGAGGAGCCCGCGCCCGGCGCCACGGCGGGCGAUGCGCCCUCCGCCGCAGGGCCUGAGCAGGAGGCGCCCGCUGCCACCGACGAGGCCGCAGCGUCCGCAGCCCCCGCCGCGUCGCCGGAGCCGCAGCCCGAGUGCAGUCCGGAGGCGCCCCCCGCGCCAACGGCUGAGUAAGCUCCAGAGCCCUCACGCAAUUCAAGAACUUUCCCCCCCCAGUUUGUUUGUUGGAGUGGUGCCAGGUACUGGUUUUGGAGAACUUGUCUACAACCAGGGAUUGAUUUUAACGAUUUUUUUUUUAAUUUCACAUUUUUUUUUAAGCAGCAAAUUUUGUUUUUGUUUUUUUUUAAGCCCCCUUCCCCACAGAUCCCAUCUCAGUUGUUUCCACCAUUCCGACAGGCCGAGGACGUGUUAGACAGCUUCCUCUGCCUUCUUUCUUUACUUUUACUUUUUUUUUUUUUUUUUGCAUCAGUAUUAAUGUUUUUUGCAUACUUUGCAUCUUUAUUAAAAAAAAAGUGUAAACUUUCUUUGUCAGAUCUAUAGACAUACCCAUAUAUGAAGGAGAUGGGUGGGUCAAAAGGAAUAACAAAUGAAGUGAUAGGGGCCACUAUGGGAAAUUGAAGCAGUGCAUAACAUUGCCAAGAUAAUAUGCCACUAAAAUGGUGGUGGGUGUAAAGGCUUAGGGUUCUUGUCCUUUCUUUCUUUCUUUUUUUUUUUUUUUAAAGAAAAAUUAUUACGAUGUAUUUUGUGAGGCAGGUUUACAACACUACACGUUUUGAAUAAGAAGGAAAGAGAAAAAAAAAUAAAAACACCAAUACCCAGAUUUAAAAAAAAAAAAAUCAUAGACUUAGGAGUUCAUGUAAACCAUAGGAACUUCUUGCUUAUCUCAUGUUAGCUGUACCAGUCAGUGAUUAAGUAGAACUACAAGUUGUAUAGGCUUUAUUGUUUAUUGCUGGUUUAUGACCUUAAUAAAGUGUAAUUAUGUAUUACCAGCAGGGUGUUUUUAACUGUGACUAUUGUAUAAAAACAAAUCUUGAUAUCCUUCAGAAGCACAUGAAGUUUGCAAAGUCUCCACCCUGCCCAUUUUUGUAAAACUGCAGUCAUCUUGGACCUUUUAAACACAAAAUUUUAAACUCAACCAAGCUGUGAUACGUGGAAUGGUAACUGUUUAUACUGUGGUAUGUUUUUUGAUUACAGCAGGCAAUGCUUUCUUUUCCAGUUGUCUUUGAGAAUAAAGGAGAAACAAAUCGUCCGAUGCAAUGGUUUUGUGUAGCAUCUCGUCUCUCGUGUUUUGUAAAUACUGGAGGAGCUUU